CCACCCAAACCAAGUUUAUCCCUGAAACAUCUACACCCUAUUGUUUCCCAGCCUCGUCCCGUUGACCCCACGACCCUGCAUAUACGUCACCAUCGCAUCGACCACCUUGUGCCAUGCCAAUGGAAGGCGAUGAUGUCGGGCGGUCGUGGAGCAGGAUUGUGGCCUCCACUCAUGACGGCGUCGAUCUUAUAUAGAUAGAUUUGUCUGUCUACUCCCUUACAUACUUCAUGUUUGCUGUUAUUGUCCUCGCUGGUUUUGACAGAUACUGUGGCUUCCAUGGAUUUGUUAUAAGGGUGUAGCUAACGCCUACGUUAUAUUAUCACUGUCACCCGCGCGUUCGCUGUUCCGCUACAGCUCUAUAAUAUUUGUCCUGGGACGGACGUCACCAAUUGAACGGCCACAGCUUUCUAGGACCCCCUAGAAGCAUACUGGCCUAAUGAGCGCCCACGGGCAGCCAUCUUCGUCCCAGAAGAAUCACUCGAUUCCAGCUUCCCGUCGCGCUCUCUCCUCCUUCCUAUUACUCGCCGCCGCCACAGGCCUCGAAGCUGGAGGGCAUAACGCUACCGCAGAUGCUGGUAUCCCCAUCAAAAUCACCAAUUCAUGUCCCGCCACUAUCUGGCCUGCCCUUGCGACUCAAGAAGGCCGUGGCCCGUUGACCCACGGCUUCGAGCUCGCGCCUAAGGCGUCAAAAGAGCUAUCGGUGUCUCAAGACUGGCAGGGCCGCGUGUGGGCGCGAACGAAUUGCAGUUUCAAUGCUGAUGGGGGCAGAAAUGCAUGCGACACGGGCGACUGCGCCGGCGUGUUAGACUGUGUUGUUACCGGCAACCCCCCCGCAACCCUCUUCGAAAUCGCCCUCCAAUCCGGCGCAAACAAAACCAACUCCUUCUACGACAUCUCCCUGGUAGACGGCUACAACCUCCCCCUCUCCCUCCCCCUCCCCAUCCCACCAAACCUCACAAACCCCUCCUGCAUCGCCACACCACCCUACUCCGCCUCCCCUUCCACGAACGCAAACGCAACAUACCCGACACCACGCAUCCCCGCCCAGGAUCUCACACGCUGGUGUCCAUUCCCUCUCCUCCUCCAACCUCCAGCCAAGCCAGGGGACGGCGCAUUCCCCCUCCCAGACGACCACAUUUCCCGCCCCCCCUUCUCCCCCUGUCUCUCCCCCUGCGCCGCCACCGGCUCCGAAAGCGACUGCUGCACCGCCUCCCACUCCACAGCCUCCACCUGUUCGCCCGGACUGGACUCCCACAACGCCAAGAGAGUCUGUCCAGAUGCGUAUAGCUUCGCUUACGAUGACGGGGAAUCGACGUUUAGUAUACCUAGCGGUGGGGGGUGGGAAGUCACGUUUUGUCCGGGGGGGGGAGCUCGAAUAUCUUGGAUGUGUUUGGGGAGGAGCUGGGGGUGGUGGCGGGAGGGGAGGUCACAGAUGAGGUGUGGAGGGUGGCGAGGGAGGGGAAGGUGGGGGGGGUUGAGGGGGUUGCGGCUGCGGUUGGGGGGAGGGGAGGGAGGGAGGGGAGUUUGGGGGCGUUGGUUGUGGUUGUUUGUGUUUGGGUGUUGUUUUGGUGAGGGGGUGGUUGUUGGGCUGUGUCUGUUGUGGUGGCUGUGGGACGCGCCCAGAACGAAGCAGACACAGCCGCGCAGUCUGUUGUGAUGGCUGUGGCAAUGGAUGAGUGGCUGGGUUGGGUUGGAUUGUAUUUUUGGCGCUCUACUGGGGAAAGGGGGGACGGCGCCGUAUAUACCCAUUUUUUAGAAUCUGCCCACCGAGGCCCGUCAAUACAAAAUUUAUGACUAUUCACAUGUGCUCGUGCGCCACGAAGGCAGGAGUUCGAACAAGCUACACACCCAUCACAAACAGCUCAUGGGGGCGCACAAGACUCAGCCCGAGAGGGUAGGCGCGAUGUCACCGCCGACUAUUCUCCCCUCGCCCACCUCUCACCACCGCCUCCUUCCUACUUCUCUUCCCGCCGCCUCCGUCCCUGCCAUUACCCCCUCCGCCAACAUCCCACCGACAUGUCGCCCCCCGGGUAGCACUACCCCCACGACCAGGUAACCGCCGCCCCGACCACCACGGCCCUACACCAGCAGCUAUAGAAU